UUUCAGGUUCAUAUUUGUAGUUUGUGUUUCUACUGGGACGUGUUUACAUGCUUUAACGUUCAAAAAGUGUUCUAUUCUUCUCAUACUGCCUGUUGUGUGAAGAUAAACGAAGGUAAAAGACAAUACAGGACAGAUACAGAUAAGAUAAAGGACAACAAUUAGAUGAGUAGACUACAUAUCCAUGGUAAACUAAAUAAGCAGAAAAGCAAGUGCACAUGAAAUGGUAAACCCUUACUGACUGUACUGUUUGAAAACCUCUUCAACCUGUUGGCCCCAUAGCCCCCCCCCCGCUCAACAGGUUUUUACCGUUGAAACUGCCUGUUGACGUGCCCCCCUGUAAGUGCUUCCUCUCUCCUCUGUGGCUCGGGUAAUAAGUAGCUUAUUGGCUCUGCGGUAACAGCAGAGAGAGGAGGGCAUGAUCCGCAGUAAAGACGCACUCUCUCACACUUACGAGCACAACGCGCUGCUAUCGGGACACACAGAUCAGGAUUUCCUCCGUGUAUACCACCGUUGUGUUUGAAUGAGCUGCGUUUUUGUCUACAGCUUUUCAUUUGAUUAGGAUACCCAGGCCCUUACAACAACCCACCCUACCCCAUGGCUCAGUACGGCGACAAAUCGGUAGCCCCUUAUCCCGCUCCUCAUGGGGGGUACGGAGACCCCCAUCAAGCCCCUCCACCAGGCUUCAACCCGGGCUACAACCAAGGCCCGCCUCCUGUCAUGUAUCAGCCUGUCCCUGUCCCGGAGUACGGUGCCCCCCCCGGAGCCAUCGCCCCCGCCAUGGCAGCUGCGGCCCCUGUCGGCGUGCCCCCGGGGCUCGAAUACCUCACACAGAUUGACCAGAUCCUGAUCCAUCAAAAAGUGGAACUCCUAGAAGCAUUCAUCGGGUUUGAGACCAACAACCAGUACGAGAUAAAGAACAGUUUGGGCCAGAAGAUCUACAACGCCAAAGAGAAGAACGACUGCUGCACCAGGAACUGCUGCGGCUCGCUGCGCAGCUUCGACAUGAAGAUAAAGGACACCAUGGACCGGGAGGUGAUCCGCAUCAUACGGCCUUUCCGCUGCGUCUCCUGCUGGUUUCCCUGCUGCCUGCAAGAGAUGGAGGUCCAGGCACCGCCGGGCACCACCAUAGGCUACGUCAAACAGGACUGGCACCCCUGCCUGCCCAAGUUCUCCAUCCAGGGACCUAACAAGGAGACCUUGCUGAAGCUGGACGGGCCCUGCUUCGCCUGCAACUGCUGUGGGGACGUCAACUUUGAGCUGAAGGGUAAAGAUAGUGACCAGCCGGUUGGUCGCAUCAGUAAGCAGUGGAGCGGCCUUCUGAAGGAAGUCUUCACGGACACGGACAACUUUGGCAUCCAGUUCCCGCUGGACAUGGACGUGAAGUUGAAAGCUGUUCUCAUGGGCGCCUGCUUCCUCAUUGAUUUCAUGUUCUUCGAGAAGGUCGGGGAGGCCAACCAGCGCAGCUCUGUGUUCUCAUAACAGAGGAAAAAGGAAGGGGAGAGCAAUUGCCAGUUACGCAUUCACAGUUCAUCUGCUUUAAUGUAGAUGUAUUUCUUUUUUUAAAUCAUUCCCUCCAUCAAACGGUGCCAAUCUGGCCAUCAUUUUACACACACACACACACACACACACACACACUCCAGAUGCCUGCCAGGGAUUGUUUUUUAAAUAUUUCCUGACUCAAUGAUACUGCGCCAUGUUGCUCAUGUUCUUUACACUCCAUACAGUGUGUAGUUUGACCAUUUUGAAUGAAUGAACGUACCUCCAGCUGAGAUAUUAUCUCUGCCAAAAAACAGUCAACCUAACCCCUCAAGUGCCUUCAUAUACAAACUAAAAUAGUGGAUGUCAACAUGUGUUUAGAUGUGCUUUAUGCUACACUGGCAUUAACAUUUCAUAUGUAUGCCUUAUGCUUAUCAUUCCACUUUACUAUUUUGUAUGAAAACAAGCAAUAGAUUUAUGUAAGUGCAAUACCGUUGUGGUUGUAUACGCUGUAUUCAUUGCCUUUUAUAUUUAGCUAUGCUAUCUGCUAUUUUGUGUGUAAUGCUAAUUAGCAAAUAAUAGCAUGGAAACGAGCUAACUAAAAAAGUGAACAUGGUAAACAUUAUACUUGCUGUAUCUGUUAGCAUUGUGAGCAUGUUAGCUUUAGCUCAAAGCACUGAUGGGCCUUAGUCAUUUUACAAGUUAACAAAAGCUUAAUAUAAAACGUAAUCAUUAGCAAGAAUAUAUGCUCAUUAUUCAGCGUGUAUCGGGAAGUGGGGGUUAUGUUAGCAGAAGGAUGGGAGCAUGUUUUAUUAUUGACAGUAUUUACCAAAGUGCUCUUUCUUUCUCUCCAAGUGAACAUAAUAACAUUGUAGCAUAGCCUACAGUGUCAAUGCUCUAAUGCUCCCUCUGUGGUUAGCUGGUUGCCUUGGAGACGGAAACCACAGCCAGACCUUGCCCUCCUAUUCUCCAGAUGUCACGGCCUUGAACUGAAAUGUGUAGGUUAAGCAGGGAUAUCUUGAGAAAGGAGUAAACUAAAGUAAAUAAAAGGCAUAAACUGAGGUUAGUGAAUAUUAUGUUGACUACACAGUGGUUGGAAAACCCUGGUCAUUGGCAGGUUUAAGGAAACACGUCGGGUUUCCGUAGUUUUGCAGGUUAAUGUUUUGGAAAUGGCUGUUGAAUGCAAAGCUCAGUAUGUAAUUGUUCUUGUGAGAUAACGGGUGUGCCUCCAGUGAGGCUUGUUGCCACUAGUGCGCUCAUGUAUGUACUGUGUUUUAUAUACGUGUGUGAUACCCUCAGCCUUUGAGCUUGCUGACCUUUGAUAAGGAAAGAAAAAGGAGCCGAAGGAUGUACAGUACCUUCACUGCGAUUACUUCUUCUUUGUGUGAUGUUUAAAUUGCUUCUUCUUUGGCAUCAGUUUCCUGUUUCUAUCAUAAUUCUAUACAAUUUAUUUUGUCCAUAUAAUUUUUCUACAGAUCAAAAGUACCCUGUCCUUUACAAAUAAAUUAUAAGCCAUUGAA